AUGUCAGACCAAUCGCAACAGGAUAGUAGCCAUGGCCGCCAGCCUGACGUGAUGCCGUCUCUCACUGGAUCGACAACCGGCGCAGGCCGUAUCGGCCGCUAUCAGAUCAUUAAGACUCUAGGUGAAGGUUCCUUUGGCAAAGUCAAACUCGCGUACCACUUGGCUACUCAUGCUCGUGUGGCGCUCAAAAUUAUCAACCGCAAAACUUUGGCCAAGAGCGACAUGCAAGGUCGCGUCGAACGUGAAAUCUCUUACCUGCGGUUACUCAGACAUCCUCACAUUAUUAAACUUUACGAUGUAAUCAAGUCCAAAGACGAAAUCAUUAUGGUAAUUGAAUUUGCAGGAAAGGAGCUCUUUGAUUAUAUUGUGCAGCGUGGCCGUAUGUCUGAAGACGAGGCCCGCCGCUUCUUCCAACAAAUUAUCUCUGCAGUCGAUUACUGCCAUCGUCAUAAAAUUGUCCAUCGUGAUUUGAAGCCUGAAAACUUGCUUCUUGACGAUAAUCUCAAUGUCAAAAUUGCCGAUUUCGGUCUCUCUAACAUUAUGACUGACGGUAAUUUCCUUAAAACAAGUUGCGGCUCUCCAAACUAUGCUGCUCCAGAAGUUAUAUCUGGUAAGCUCUACGCAGGCCCAGAAGUCGACGUUUGGUCCUGUGGUGUUAUUCUCUACGUUAUGCUCUGUGGAAGACUCCCCUUUGACGAUGAGUUUAUCCCCAAUCUUUUUAAGAAAAUUUCUCAGGGUGUUUAUACCAUCCCCCCAGACCUUUCUCCUGGUGCUAAAAACCUUCUCAAGCGCAUGCUUGUUGUUAACCCUCUCAACCGUAUAACGGUCCGGGAAAUAAUUCAAGAUCCUUGGUUUUCCGUAAACUUGGAUCCUUCAUUACUCCCACCUGAUAUGCGCGAGGAACAAGAGCGCAAAAAGGAGGAAGAAAAGGAAGAGUCAAUUAAUGAACCCAUUGAUGACUCCCUUGUUGGCGCCCUUGGCCGCACUAUGGGCUACUCAAAGGAACAAGUUUACGACGCUCUUCGCCACACAAACGGCGAUGGAUCUGAAAUUCGAGAUGCUUACCAACUUGUCAAGGAUAAUCGCUUGAUGGGUAAUGCAGCCGUCAGACAAGGUGAAAUGGACAGAUACCUUGUUGAAGACUCUUCCACUGAAGAAGCACGUCUCAAACAGCAGCAAUAUCAACAAAUGCUUGCACAACAACAACAGCAACAACAGCAACAACUCAUUCAACAACAACAACAACAACGACAGCAACAAGGACGCGGCCACUCUUCUUCCUUCUCGCGAGAUAACCCUCCCGCUCUUACAUUUGAUCGUAUGCAACUGCCUUCUGCUUUGGACGUGGGAGGCCACUCUACCCCGCAUACCACCAUUGCCGUUUUGCCAACAUCACUACCAGCCUAUCACAGGGCAAAUAUGAUUGCCUAUGGUCCUGCUACCAUGCGCAAACUGAAUCCCAUCAGUACGAAAAAGUCCAAAACCCGCUGGCAUUUUGGUAUCCGAUCACGGUCUUACCCACUUGACGUCAUGGGUGAGAUUUACCGUGCUCUUAAGAAUCUUGGCGCAGAAUGGGCCAUUCCUGCAGAAGAAGAUCUCUGGACCAUCCAUGUUCGUUGGAAGUGCGUUCUUCCCAAUUCUGCCAAGCGCUCUGGGUCAGGAUCCGGUACAGGUGCUGAUGAUGAUGACAUGGCUGAUGAUGAUGGUGACGCAGAAUACCGUCAUAAUAAUACGGAAAUCAUUAAUGAAAAGCGUGAAACAAUAAUGUCGGACAAUGACGUGCCCAUGGAAGAAGAGGACAGCUCUAAGUCUUCAAAUAAUAAUGAGGAAAAAACAGAGCUUAUGAAGAUGCGCAUCCAACUUUACCAAAUCGAGCAAAACAAUUACCUUGUGGACUUUAAGUUUGAUGGCUGGGAGGAGCCCAACCCUUCACCAGACGCUGCUGCACACAAGCCUCAACCUCUGCGCCGACAAUCCAAUGCAUCUGUGCACGUGCCAUCCUCUUUGCAAAUGUCAAAACCUGCAGGCUCUGCGCCAACAGCCGCUACAACCGCGAGCUCGGCUGCGGCGCGUUCCGCGGCCGCCAAUGUGUGUCGCGAUAAGAGCGAGUUUGAUACCUUUUCUGCUUACCCGUUUCUGCACCUUGCAACACGGUUGAUUAUGGAGCUGGCAGUAAAUAGUCAAAACCAAUAG